GCACCCACACAGCAAGAGCACUUUGGCAUGCAAGCACCUGACUUGUUCUCCUUAAAAACAACCUGCAAUGGCUGCAAGCAAACGUCUCAGCAGGAUUUUGUUAUAUUUAUGGCUGUAGCGAUUGUUGAUUUUUUAAGCUGAUCUCUUUGCCUCUCAGUCUGACAGCUCAGGCUGAGCGCACGGAUCAGACGCGCCCGGCGCAUUGCCCGGUCCCGCCCCCCGGACAUGGCGGCGCGGCUGCCCCUGAGGGUGCUCGGAACCUGCGGCCUCCGCCUCGUCCUGCUCCGCUCCGGCGGCUGCGCCCGCGCUGCCCACAGGGGCACAGACAAAGGGUCUCUGACUAAACAAGCUGAAGCAAGUGCUGCUACAGACUGGAAAAAGAAAUUGACUCCGGAGCAAUUCUAUGUUACAAGACAAAAGGGAACUGAACCGCCAUUUAGUGGGAUCUAUCUGAAUAACACAGAAUCGGGAAUAUACUACUGCGUGUGCUGCAAUGCCCCACUCUUCAGCUCAGAAAAGAAGUACAAUUCUGGGAGUGGAUGGCCAUCGUUUUCUGAGGCUUAUGGUACUUGUGGCAGAGAUGAAAGUAAUACCAAUAUCAUGAGACGACCAGAUAACUCAUUGGGAUUAGCUAGAACUGAAGUUGUCUGCAAACAGUGUGACGCCCAUCUAGGCCAUGUGUUUGAUGAUGGUCCCACACCUUCUGGGCAGAGGUUCUGUAUCAACAGUGUUUCAUUAAACUUCAAACCAGGCUCUGGUCAGUGAGAAGUGGAUCUCUGUGGCUUACAGAAUGUCCUUUCUCUGCUUGUACAGCAUGCUUGUGAAAAAUUCUCAUGCUUUUAAUAUAUAACCCAAAUUUUAGUACUUAAGCCAUAGUAGCUUUGUUUUCCAGCUAUUAUCUUUGUUAAUAAAAUACAUAUUUUUGUCAUAACUCUUUUGCGGUCUGUCUUUUCAUGGUUAGUGCGAUGUUUUGAUCUGCUUAUUGUAUUUUUUCAUUAAAAAAAUCUGUGCAAUAUUUCACUUUAAUAACUAUCAUUAUUAACUCUAUUGAGGCUGCUGAAAUGAUGUGCUCUCCUGAAACUGACUGUCUAUUCUGACCAGUAAUUGUGGCACCCAGGAACACAACUGAUGUUGAAAAUGGCUGAUCAUGCCACAGCUUAUACUUCUGUAAAAUCAUCAUAUCUUUCUAAAGAGAAGCAAAAAUAAUAUGAAUCUUCAAAUAAGGUUUGGGGGGUUUUUUUUCCCCCUAAUGUGAGAGACCUUUAGCCAAGCCAAGUGACUUUUCCAUGAACCCACGAAAGCAAAGUGCUGAAGGAGGGCCUAAUUAAAACUAUUCCAGGCAAUGGAACCAGUGGAGACACUGAGUCUUUCUUCUUUAAAAUCAAUUAUUUUGAUUCUGUGUCCAAUAGCAGAGCUGAAAUAGGGUUUACUCCAGGAACUUUGUCUUGCAGCAAUAAUAUGAUAAUAAUGUAAUGAUAUGUGUAGUAUUUCCAGACUUCUGUUAUCACUUAUGUAUUUCAGAAUCCAAAAAUAAAAAUGAAUGUGAAAUUUACUGUAUUUGGGGAAAAUAAGUCGGCAUCAAAAAACAGGUUCAGUAAAAUUAUGCUUUUGCUGAAAACAUGCCUUAUCUGUUCUUCCUUGUACAAGUUUGUAAAUACUUCUGUAUUCUCCCAAGCACUGUCAUUAUGGUUUGCUCUAACAGAAAAAUAAAUCCUAUUUUUGUUAAAUUGA